AUGCUUCCUCACUUGCUCCUGCUUCAACUUGUUGGAUACGCGGCGGCUGCGUCUAUUCAGCCUCGCGCGAAAUCAUCUUCUUGCGCUUGCGGUUAUCGCGAUUCUAAUGGGCAUGUUUGGCGGGAGUCGAUUGUGUCCAAUUUUGCGGGAUCCAACGCGCUGGGCGUAGUGCAGCAGAAUUGGGCCGUCCAGACGUGGGGCCAGCAGCGGGAAUACCAGUAUAUUCAAUACAGCGCUGACAACGUCUACAACUACCAAAACGCGUUGGGUGUUCGUACCAAAGCAUGGAAAGGCAACGGGACAUCUGUCUCAACCGGCGAAAUUCAGACGAAUCGAGCUGAUAUAUUAUACGGUACCUUCCGGAUGUCGGCAAAGAUUCCUACUACCCCGGGCGUGUGUUUUGGGUUCUUCACUUAUUACAGUGAUUCUCAGGAGACUGAUAUCGAGUUCUUGACCAAUGACACGAACUCCAAACACACGGUGCACUAUACGAACCAGCCACGCACGACGUCGGCGUCUAGCCAAGAGGUCGUUGUCAGUAAUGACUUGACCGCAUUCAAUGUUCAUCGGCUUGACUGGUUGCCGACUCAGACGAUGUUCUAUCUGAACAAUAAGCAGAUGAGAACUAUAUCGCUCGAUGUACCCAAUACCCCAUCUCGCAUGCUGGCUAAUGUUUGGAGUGACGGUGACCCUGAGUGGUCGAUGGGUCCGCCCAAGGCCGACGCCAUCGCCACCAUCCAAUACAUCAAUCUUUACUUCAACUCGACUUCGUAUAACGAGACUGCUUUCAACAGCGCUUGCAAGCAGUCUGGCAAACCGGCGGUCUGUCAGGUAUGAGUGGGGUUCAGGGGGAAUAUAUCUACUAUAUUUAAACAUUCCUUUCCUUUUCCCCGAUUUAGUUUGAAAAGUUACGCAAAUCCGGCGCUUUUAGGACGCUUUCACAGGCGCCCGUUGCCCUCAUCAGCCUUUCUCUUAGUGCGACAUAUGUAGCAUUACUACUCUUAUAAUAUGGCGAGCCUGUCUAGAUUAUGCACGAACGUAAUAAUUUGAUCGUAUUCACGUUGCCCCG